UGGGAAAAUUCAUGCUGUGUUAGCAUCCCUGAGCAACUCUAUCAAUACUGCAUACAGCUGAGUUACUGGCAAGAGUCCUGCUGCUGCAACCCCAACCUCCGCCAGAGAGAGAGAGAGAGAGAGAGAGAGAGAGAGCAGGAGUGAGUAAAAAGAAAGAAGGGGGUAAAAAGAGAGGGUGUUUAUGAAAGACAAGCACAAAAGUGAGAGAGAGAGAGUAAGAGAGAACAGUUCUUACAAGCGCCUCUGCUUUCUGCUGUGUGUGUGUGUCAGAGGUUUGUGGUGGGACUGUGUCUUGAUCUUGGGCUACUGCAGUAAAAGCGCGAGGAGGAGGUAGGAGAGGAGAGUGCUGCGCUCUGGAAUUCUCCACAGGAAAGAGGAAUAACACCAAUCCAGCUUCACAGAUAACAUCUGACUGAAAACCUAGUGACAUUUCAGCGGGAUCCACACCUCUUGCCACAUGCAGAAAACUCUGAGCACACCUGAUUGAGACAGGACCAGGCUGUGUAUCAUGUACAGUCAGUGAUCUCUGAGAUGGCCGUAUGGGCCAGACGGGCCAGAGUUUCCCCCCUGCAGCGCUGCCACCACCUCCUCCAGUGCAUCUGAUCCGCCCAGCCCCGCUAACACCCACCCUGGGCUUCCCUCUCAUCGGGCCACCUGGCUUCACUCCGGGCCCAUCAUGGGAGGAUGCCUUUCCAAACCCAAACCAGUAGAGGUCAAAGUUGAGCUCAAUCUUUUGGACAAAGAGAAGGAGGUGGACCUGAUGUCUCCUAAUGGAAAAGCCAGUCCAUUUUCAGAAUGCAGACCCAACGGAUCUCUGGGACACUGUUCGGACGAGGACAGCAUGACGUUGCGGCCGCAGCGUAAACACAGAGAUUUCAUAGAGGCGUCUGUCUGCCACAUAAAAGACCUUGAGAAUGGACAAAUGCGUGAGGUGGAUUUGGGGGCAGGUCGUGCUCUGCUCAUUAAGGAACACGGAGAAUUCUUUGCAAUGGGACACAAGUGCCCACAUUAUGGGGCUCCACUGGUCAAAGGCGUGCUAUCAAAAGGACAUGUACGAUGUCCAUGGCAUGGGGCAUGUUUUAACAUUGCUACGGGUGAUAUUGAGGACUUUCCUGGACUAGACAGUUUGCCUACCUUCCAGGUCAGAGUCGAAAAGGAGAAGGUGAUAAUAAGAGCAAACAAGCAGGCCCUUCAGACUCAGCGGCGGUCAAAGGCCAUGUCAAAAUGUUCAGCGGUCAUCAAUUCCAGCACUGGAUUCAGCCACGUUCUCAUUAUUGGAUCAGGUCCUGCUGCUCUGGUGUGCGCUGAGACUCUGAGGCAGGAGGGCUUCACUGACCGUAUAGUGAUGUGCACCAUGGACAAACAUCUGCCUUACGACAGGCCUAAACUGAGUAAGUCUUUAGAGAGCACAGCUGAGCAUCUGCAGUUGCGAUCCUCUGACUUCUUUCAAGUGCACGACAUAGAGAUCCUUUUAGAGAAAGAGGUUGUUUCUGUGGAUGUAAAGACACGGACUGUGAUAUUUCGGGAUGGUUUUAAAAUGGAGUAUCGAAAACUCUUCAUUGCCACUGGGAGCAGACCCAAACCUCUGAGCUACAAAGGCAAAGACGUGGGAAAUGUGUUUCACCUCAGAACACCUGAGGAUGCAAACGGCAUUGCUACACUCGCCAGCAGUAAGAAUGCCGUCAUUGUGGGAACCUCGUUUAUUGGUAUGGAGGUGGCUGCAGCUCUCACAGAUAAAGCUCACUCAGUGUCUGUGAUCGGCAUAGAGGCCGUGCCGUUCCGGAAAGCUCUCGGGGAGAAAGUGGGGAAAGCUUUGAUGAAGCUAUUCGAGUUGAACAGGGUGAAGUUCUACAUGUUGAACGAGGUGUGGGAGAUGCGAGGGCAUAAUGGACAGUUAAAAGAAGUGGUUCUAAAAAGUGGCAAAGUCUUAAGAGCUGACGUCUGUGUUAUUGGCAUAGGCUCGGGUCCAGCCACAGCAUUCCUGAAGCAGAGUGGAGUGCACAUGGACUCCAAAGGAUUCAUCCCAGUCAAUAAGACCAUGCAGACGAACAUCGACGGGGUCUUCGCUGGGGGUGACGUGGUAACGUUUCCUCUAGCUCUACGCAGCAAUAAGAAGGUGAACAUUCCCCACUGGCAGAUGGCUCAUGUACACGGUAAAGUGGCUGCCCUCAGCAUAAUGGGAAAGCCUUCAGACAUUAAAACGGUGCCUUAUUUCUGGACAGCCAUGUUCGGGAAAAGCAUACGAUAUGCAGGUUACGGAGAAGGCUUCGAUGAUGUCGUCAUCCAGGGAGAUUUGGAUGACCUGAAAUUUGUGGCAUUCUACACAAAGAGCGAGGAGGUGGUAGCCGUGGCCAGUAUGAACUACGACCCCAUUGUGUCACGGGUUGCCGAAGUCUUUCGCUCUGGAAAGACGAUUAGGAAACGUGACGUGGAGACAGGAGACAUGUCAUGGCUGAUAGACAAAGGCUCACAGUGAGAACGUGCACAUUAUGUGUUUUCCUUGCCGAACUCGGACGUUCUCCUGUACCAGACGUAGUCUUAGUGCUGCAGCUGCAGUUGGUUAAGUGGGACACUACAUGGGAGACGUAUGCUGUCCUAAAGCGAGCACCUGGGCCGUGCCGAGGACGUCGUCCCCGUGAGGUGGAACCUCUCCAGGCCUGGAUUCAUUCACAGCGCUAACAAAUGAGCCUCUCUCUCUCUCUCUCUUUGAUUCGCAGAUUGGUCGACUCUGGCCUCUCUGCUUUUGCAUGAAGCAUCUGCCUGUACACUGGAGAGCCGUUAAGGGGAAUUAUCAUAUUUUAUUUUGUACGUGCGACUUUGUAUAUAGCUGUUACCAGAAGAAACAUUCAAAAAAAUAAGACUGCACUUUUCGUACCGAACCUCUGCUACUGAUUAGCCUGGCUACGGGAUGUUUGGCUCUCAUCGAAAUAUGCAGCCCCAUGCAGCUUUGCUUGCGGCAGUUUGUAGACGUAGAGAGAGCAGAUGCAUGAUCAUUCAUAUGCACAGGGCAUUCGUUUUCAUUAAGAAUUUCCCAAAGGAUUUUAACGUGGGAUUAUUAUUCAGGGAAAGUAACAAGGUCCAUAUGUCAAUGUCUAUGAAUAUAAAUGAAAUAUAGGUAACACUUUAUUUCAAUAGUCCACUUUAGACAUUCAACUAACUAUAAGUACCUUU